AUGAAGGAUUCUGCAGAGACACUUACAAUGUUAUCCCUUCCUCGAGUUUUGGAGCAAGAUCUUAAUUUGUGGUGGAAGUUUCUUGAUCCAUUCAAAACGUUCAUUACCAAAGAAUUAGAUGAGGUUUUACAAAUUCUUGAUGCUCCAAACCGUUCGUCUAGGCCUAUUGAGAAAAGGGUCGAGAGGAUAUCAUUUAAGGAGCUACGAAGUGACGAAAAUUCUGAAUCAGAUGCUGAGGAUGAUAUGGAUGACGAGGAAGUGGCUGUGGAGAAGACUGAGACCCGAAGAAGGAAAAACGAAAAUGGCGAACCAGUAUCGGGGAAGAAGAAAGGAAAACGUAUAGAAACAGAUUCAGAGAGUGACAGUGAUGCAGGAGAUGAUAGUGAAAUGAUGAAAGCUAAUGGUCAUUCUCAAAAGCCAUUGAAGCUCGAUCGAGUUGAAGCUUGGCCGGUCGAGUUGAGGAACUCGACCGGUUGGUCGAGUAGAUGGUCGAGCUGGUCUUCAAGAUGGCUUCCUCCUUCUUCCUUUGCGUAUCCAGUUGAGCUGCGUCCAUGCACCAAGUCCUUCCAUGCUCCUCACGUCCCAUAUGCUCCAGAAUGCUCCAAAAGACCUAUUUCAAAGGACCAAACAUGCAUAUCGCGCAGAACGAAGCUUCGGAAGUUUGGCCGCGCGCGGAGGAGUUCCCGACGUCCAAAAGUUACGAUCUUGAUAUGGAAAGAUAGAUACUUGAGUCAUGCAUCACGUCGAAGUGGAAUGAAGCCAUUUGGAUCAACUAUGAGGCCUAGACUUAUUUUCUACCGAGACAUGUCCGGUAAGCGAGCAAACGAAGCCCAUGGAGGAUUUGGAGUGUCUAAUGGCCCGAGCAGCAGCGCCAAAGGCCUUGAUCGAAUAGAGAAGAGGCCUGGCUAA